CGAGUGAGAGGCAGAGAGACCAAGGGGGAGUACAAUUGUUCAAUCUGGAACAACAUUAGAUAUUACUUACCACGUGCAAAAUCCAACGUGAGUGACACUAUAACUGUCAGAGUUGCAGGAGAGCCUACUGAUGUUGAAGCGACAAUCUCUCAGCAUAACAAUACACAUGUCAAUAUCACUGUGUCCUGGAAUCCACCAGCUGAAGAUUUCACUAGCUAUGUUAUCUACUACCACUCAAAGGAAGGGCCAGUCACCAGUGUCGAGGUGCCUAAAACCAAGACAAAUCAACAGCUGAAUGGUCUCCCAAGAAGUGAUAUUUACAACAUUUCCAUGGUGGGUCUUCUGACAGAUAAUCUACCUAGUCGUCUGGUUGUAGCUAAUGGAGAUGAUUGACCGGCAGAAAAGUGGUGCACACCAGUAAGGCUUUUGGGAACA